AACUUUUGGUAGUGGGUGGUAUUUCCCCUGUGGUUCUCUGUGGCGAUAUCGCCAUCAAUUGCCAUCCACCGUCCUCAACGAAAUCGACUACACUACCAACUCACACGAUGACAAGCUAGUCUACAGCUGACACAGCCUCGACCGGAGAUCACAAGCCUUGACAAGUUCAGCUGUUUACUAGUGGCCUCUGUGGCCGUGCCGGUGCCGGGUGUUGGGUAACUGGGCUGAAAGAAGCUUCCAUCUUAUUCAGGUUUUUUUUUUUUUUUUUUUUCUACAAACCGAACUAAACGCAGGGGUGUCUUCCAAGAAAAAAACGGAAUAUCUGAACUGCCCGUCCCUUGAGAUUUCUUUCCCUUUGUUGUUGAAUCGCCUCUUGAGAAAUUGAGGUCUGUAAAAAAAAAAAACACGGCGCUCAUCUACUUGAUUCACCUGAACACUCACUACAUUGGCGAUUUCGGUCUGGAUGCAACGUCGUGCGCCGAGCGGUACUGUACCUGAUCCGGUUCCUGUUUCUAGUUCUUGAUCCUGUCUGAGACUCUGCCUCUGCUUGCAGGUCUUGUCUUCUCCCUUCCCGUCAUUGAUCUUGUCCCUGCAGCUCUUUUUCUAGACCUUCUUUCCCUUGCACUUUAUUUGCAUGGUAUUAUUCUACCCUUUUAUGUGAAGCGGAAUACGAGACGACAUCGACGACGACGACGACGACGACGACGACGACGAGACGAACUGGAGCAAGAGAGAGAGAGAGAGAGAGAGGAAACGCACAAGACGCAUCGUAUCGCAUCGCAACGCGUACAACCCCAUACACAUACGAUCACAUAUAUUCUCGAAAACAAAAGCUGUACAGGCAGACAGACGGCGGACCAGAAUUCUCCAGUCUGUGUCACUCUACGGGACCCAGCUGCCCGCGAUUGCGACAGAGAGAGAGAGAGAAGGAAACCAGCCUCCUUCCGUCCUGCCUGCGUGCAUUGAUGCAUGCAUCUGACGCUCGCAGCUUCCAGUCGCAGCAGCAGCAGCAGCAGCAUUGACCCCUCAGACAGCUUCAACAGCUAAGAACCCAACCACCCACAGCAGGCGACGGCCCGGCAGCCAGCUGUCCAUCCAUCCAUCGUUCCGACCAAUUCGAGAACUCACCACUCACAAGGGAAGCCAAGAAAGUGAAGCGGGACGGCGACGAUUGACGACAAGGAAGAAAGUGAGGCAGCCCAGCCCAGCCCAGUGUAGGCCAAGAAGAAAAAAAGAAAAGAAAAAGAAAAGAGUAAAAGAAGAGUUGGAUUUUCCUUUACGGUGCUGGAGGAACAAAAGGAAACCGAAUCCAACUGAAGUUCAGGAAACAAGUAAAGGGAACCUCAAAGGGCAACUUGGGUUCACAACCCAACGACGGGAGUGUUGCGCUUCCAACAGUGGCGCGCAUCCACUGAACUGACGCCAGGGCAUCUUCCGGUUCCCCUCCAUCGCCCGGGUCAGGCCACAUUCGGACAGCGCAUCAGAUACACUCCGCUCCGCUCCAUAUUGCGACACUCGACAACAAAACAAACAUUCCAUGGUUGCGCAAUACGGGCCCGGGCCCGGCCCUGGUGUUGGCUCACUUGGGGUGGGCGGCGGCGCCAGCGACCGGGAUGUGUCCAUGUUGGCGUUGCGGGGACCAUCCUCGGUCGUGGGCGGCGCUGGUGGCACCGGCGUGCGGGCGACAUACCGAGACAGCUACAGCCACCACGGCCACGGCCACGCUCACCACAGCAGUAACAACAGCAACUUUAGCUCGUCGACCCCGUACGUCUCGUCGCGAGCUCGAAGAUAUAACCGCUCCCACGCCGGCGGCGCUUCCUUCAUCCCGCAAAACGAAUUCCCCGUUUUCAGCCAUAGCGGCGAUGUCGAGAUCGUCGUGCGCGUCCCCUGCGGACUCGAGAACCGAUACCUACUGCAUCGACACAUUUUGACGAGGUGUUCGGGUUUCUUUGAAGCCAGCACCAGCCAGGAAUGGUCGCGCGCCCAGACGGUUCCAGGAGCAGGAGGGGGAGGGGGAGGAGGAGUAAUACCAGAGUUGCCCGCGCCGGGCGGCGCAUCCAAGGGUGGGAGCAGCGGGAACGGGGCAGGAGGAACAGGAACAGGAACAGUAGCAAGGGCGACGCAGGAUUCAACAAGCCCCAAAAAGCGAUGGCGAUACGAACUCGACACCGGCACCGACGACAACGACAUCCCCAUGCUCGUGCAAAAGGACGAGUCCUCUGCAUCACUAGCACCACCACCAAUACCGUCUACACCCUCCGGCCCUCCAACAACCCAAUCCUCCAUCUUCGGCAACGGCUCCGGGUCAGGAUCAGGGUCCUCGGGAGGCCGACACCGCAGCAACAGCCAAAAGUCCAACCACACCCAAUCCAAUUCCUUCUUCCGCUCUGUCGCCAACCUCUCGCUAUCCCACUCUUCCCACCGUCAAUCCCACCACCAGAACUCUCCCUCGGCAAGGGAAGAACCCCCUCAGGCAGACCUCGACCUCCUCCGCGACUACGACAACCUCUUCCGUAUCAUGUACAACUACCCGCCCACCCUUGACCCCAUUUCUUUGCCGGACGCCUACGUGCAAUGCAAGUCUCUGCUGCAGCUCGCCGACCAGUACGAUGCGCUAGCCGUCGUCGGGCCACGGGUCGAUCACCACUUGCUGCAGUUCCAGUCGCGGUUAUGGCGGCAGAUAGCUAAAUACCCCAUCUCCUAUCUGCGGCUGGGGUACUUGGCCAGGAGCAAGGUCAUCUUCCAGGAGGCGCUGAUACACGUUGUAGGCCAGUGGCCCGCGGGCGAACGGUCGAUCAGAGCAGCGAUGCCCGAGUCGGUGGUGGAUAUCAUUGAAGACAAAGUCGACGAGCUCGAAGAGGUCGUUUCACGCGUGGAAGCACGACUCUUCCGCCUAGGCGUCACCGGACGCGGAGGAGAGAGGGUAGGGCCGGGAAAUGGUUACGUCGAUUGGCUCGCCGUCAGUCUUUUCCGCGAAUGGCUAGCAGAAAACACCUCCCCGCCUCCUUCUUCGGCCGAGUAUACCUCCUCCUCCAAUAAACACCACAACUCCGAACGAUAUAGUCGCGGCGGACAUGGACAUGGACACCGUUCCAGCAACAACAUCACGAGCAAUAGGGCCCGCCAUAAUAGUUCCAGCUCCGGGUCUGCAUCAGGUUCCAACACUAACUCCAAUUCCGGUCCCCGAGGCGACCCCUACGCAGCAGCAGUAACAACAACAUCCGCAACAACGACUCCGAACCUCGCCACUUUAGGUCGCACUUUUCGUCUCUUGGGCGGUUCGCCCAAGGAGUACCUCACCUACGACGACUGCAAGCGCUUUCUGAAACUCUCGCCCGAGCUCUACAACCGCGACAAUCUGAGACGGUUCGAGAAGCGGAUCGAAGAGCUGAAAGCCAUGGCGAGAGAGGUGGUUCGGCCAUUGAUGGGGAGUGGGCUGGAACUGGAGAUUUCCGGCGGCGGGGGAAGUGGGAAUCCCGUAACAACAAAAGAGGGGAGGGGAGAUGGAAGUGGUGGGAGUGGGGGCAGCAUGCUGGGGUAUUUGACUUGUACGACGGUUUAUGAUCGGGAUUUACCGUGGAUGAGUUAUGAGUGAUGGGACAUGGUGGAGGAACGAACGAGCGAAUGAAGGAACGAUGAUAUGGAGAUUAAGAUGAUGCUUUUCUGUGUUGUUUACUAUAAAUAUAUACCGGGCGCAGCGUUGGUUAGGGAUGGAUGGAAGACGUAAGGAUUUGGGCGGAUGUUGGGAUUUGGUUGGAUGGAUGUUUUGGACAGAGAGACUUUGGCGUCUUUUCUUUAUACCCCCUUUUUGUUUUCUGCUAUACUUUUCCACUUCUGUUUUCCUGUUCUCACAAACACCAGUUUUUGUCUCUUCUAACCUCUUUUUUGGCAUCUAUGUUGAACGAUAUAUGAUGGAUGGCAUGUACAUGUCAGAGUUGGAACAGACGACAUAAUGAGGGCAUGUUCUUAUAGUAUAUAGCUCCCUGGUUCAGAGCAUUUCGAAUAAAUGUAAAGGAUACCCCAUACUCGAAAGCAUGUCAAAUGAUAUACGUUGCUAACUGAUA